AAGGUCCCGCGCUCUUGGAAUCCUCAGAAAGGCCUAAUCCCACUCCCACCACUUCCCAGGAUUGUCGAGGCCAACCUCAAGAAUGGGUUCAGUGGGUCAGGCCCCGAGUUAGCCACAUCAUCUCUGGGUCGGACAAUCCGGGGCCCUCUGCCCGCAUGCGGGCGCAGGACUGGGUGCCGGUGGUAGGGACCGCUAUUCCAUUGCACAUGGGGACGAUAAAGCAGCGACCUGCCUUGCGUCACGCAGCAAUGCAGGGUCAGCUCAACCGCCCGGGCGUCGAGGGCCGGAGGCCAGACCCUGUCUGGCUUUCAGAGGCAGUCCCGCCGCUCCCCGCAGGAGCAGCUGUGGAGUGGGGAGGGUACGCCCGGGUUACUCACGCAGCGGGCCCGGGGGGCGGGGCCGUUUCAGCCUCGCCCCGCCCCCACUGGCUGCGGCGCCGGGGGCGGGGCGCGGCUGCCAGAUGUUGGGGCGGCGGCAGCUACGGAGAGCGAGGAGCCACCGAGCAAGGCUGGGAGCGAGGGCGCUGCUGGCCGGCCGGCCCGGCCCUCUGCACCGCUCCCGCCCGGGUUCCAGGAGGAACCGGCAGGCCUGGUGGGGGCUCCAGCACGGACAUGCACAGCGCUCGGCUGGACAGUUUCCUCAGCCAGCUCCGCUGGGAACUGCUGUGUGGCCGGGACACAGGCUCACCCCCGAUGCCCAGCCCCCUGAAGCCAGCCCUCAAAACUGGCCCAGGUAUGCAGCACAGCCACCAGCUCAGGGCCUCAGAUGCCUUGGAAGAGGACUCUGUCUGCUGUGUGGAAGAGGAGGAGGAAGAGGAGGAAACAGUGGUGACAGAAGACAAGGGUGCAGCCUUAGGGGGCCCCAGGGAACAUGCCCUGGACUGGGACUCUGGCUUCUCUGAGGUAUCAGGCAGUACAUGGAGAGAGGAAGAGCUGCCUGUACCCCAGUCCCCAGCAUCCCUGGGAAGGCCCCCUCAUGGCCAGCGCCUCUCAUUUAGUGGCCUGCCCCUGCCCAGCAGGGCCCCUGUAGCCAGCGCACCACCUGCCCGCCGUCCACGGCCCAAGUCCACCCCAGAUGCCUGCCUGGAGCAUUGGCAGGGACUAGAAGCAGAGGACUGGACAGCGGCCUUACUGAAUAGGGGUCGCAGUCGCCAGCCCCUGGUGCUGGGGGACAACUGCUUUGCUGACUUGGUGCACAACUGGAUGGAGCUGCCCGAAACAGCCAGUGAAGGGGGCGAUGGAGGUGGACACCGUGCUCGUGCUCGGCCCCCCCAGUUCUUGCUUGGCCUCUCAGAGCAGCUUCGGCGCCGGCUGGCCAGGGCACGUCGGGCAGCUAUGGCAGGAAAACGGCUAUCAUGCCCACCUCGCCCUGAACCUGAGCUGCCUGGGGACAUCUCACGCUUUGCAGCCCUCAUGAGCUGCCGCAGCCGCCAGCCCAUCAUCUGCAAUGAUGUCAGCUACCUCUGACCCUGCCCUCCAUCCCGGGACAAUAAAGGCCUUUUUUUAGACUA